AUGCUGCGCUCACGGAACGCAGAUCCACAGAAAACGGAAGACGAUCCACAGAAAACGGAAGACGAUCCACAGAAAACGGAAGACGAUCCACAGAAAACGGAAGACGAUCCACAGAAAACGGAAGACGAUCCACAGAAAACGGAAGACGGAGGCUCCUCUCAAUGCUCUUUUCUUGUGACUCUCUGCGCUCUCCCGUUAUCGAUCGUUGGGUUGAUGCUGAACUGA